AUGGAGGGUGUGCCUCGCCUCUGGAUCGCCCUUGCUGGCAUCGGCGUGUAUCUUAGUCUGAGGACCGUAUAUCGCCUCUAUUUUCAUCCACUGUCUCAUAUCCCCGGCCCUAAGCUGACGGCAUGCACGCACCUAUACGAGUUUUAUUACAACAUCAUUCGUCCCGGCAAGUUCUUGUUUGAGAUUGAGAAGAUGCACAAACAAUAUGUGCGCAUCAACCCAAGAGAAGUUCAUGUUAUUGAUCCGGACUUUUACGACGAAAUCUACGCCUCGGGCAGCCGGAGGCGAGACAAGGAUCCAAAAUACGUCCCUACAUAUGCCUUGCCCGGCUGCAUGGUGGCGGCCGUGGGCCACGAUGAGCAUCGCUUCCGACGAGGCAUUCUCAAAGACUUCUUUUCUCGACGCUCUGUCGCGGAACUGUCCGACUCCAUCAACCAGCGGGUGCAGAAGCUCAUGACGCGCUUGGAGGUGGCCCGAGUUAACCAGGCCAUCGUAUCCCUUGACGAUGCCUUCUCAGCGCUGUCAUCCGACAUCAUCACGGCAUACUGCUGCGGUACAGAUUGGGACUUUAUUGAGGACGAAAACUUCCGCGGUGACGUCCGCAAUGCUGCUGAGAACGCCAUAGAGUUCACACACAUCUCCCGCUUUGUUCCCUGGCUGGUGUACGCAAUGAGCGCCCUUUCUCCGCGAAUGAUGGCAAAGAUCAUGCCGGGCAAGGCAAAGCUCUUCGAGUUUCUCGAAGCCUUCUUGGAGUAUGGAAAAAAUGAGUCGUACGUGGGAAAGCGAAAGACAAUGGUGGCCACUUUGGCGGACCCAAGUAUUCCGGCAAAGGAGAGGUCCUACAAUCGGCUGAGAGACGAGACAUUUGGCCUCCUCGGUGCCGGCACGGAAACCACCGCGCGAGUGCUAACCGCCGCUUCUUUUUACCUGGCAAACGACGACAGAGUGCGCGAGACACUGCAAGCAGAGCUCAAGCAGGCGAUGCCUACGCUGGACAGCAGGCCGACAUGGGCCGAGCUGGAACAGUUGCCAUAUUUGAGUGCCUUUAUCAACGAAUGCUUGCGGUUGGCUUAUGGAAUAACUGCCCGCCUUCCACGGGUAGCCCCGACAGAAGCUCUGCAGUACAAGGAAUACACAAUUCCCCCGGGAACCCCCGUCAGCAGUUGCACAUACUUUAUCCACGGCAACGCGUCCAUCUUUCCAGAACCGGCCACAUUCCGCCCCGAGAGAUGGAUCGAGGCGGCGGAGAGAGGAGACAACCUCAAGAGAUAUCUGGUUACAUUUAACCGAGGGACCAGAGGUUGCAUUGGCAUCAAUCUUGCCUACCUGGAAUUGUUCCUCACAGUUGCCCAUUUCGCCCGUCGGUUCAACCUGGAGUUGCACGACACGGUGGCGGAAGACUUGCGCAUUGUCCGGGACAUGACCAUGGGCGUGACCAGGCGAGGAGGCAUCAAGGUCUACGCCAGACUGUUGCAGGUUGAUGAGUAG